GAGAUGAACCAGACGCACCUGUGCAACACGACCAAGAUUUACGUGGUGAACGGGCAGCUCCCGGGCCCCACCAUCCACGUCACCGACGGCGACACGGUUGUCGUCCACGUCGUGAACCGUCUCCCUCAUGGGCUCACCAUCCACUGGCAUGGCGUCCGGCAGAUCAGGAGCUGCUGGUCCGAUGGCGCCGGCUUCGUCACCGAAUGCCCCAUCCCUCCCGGCGGCAAGCACAUGUACCGCUUCAACGUCACCGGCCAGGUUGGCACGCUAUGGUGGCAUGCCCACGUCACGUGCCUUCGUGCCACAGUCGCCGGCGCCUUCAUCAUCCGCCCCAAAGGCGGGAGGUACCCAUUCCCGACGCCCGCCAAAGACGUCCCCAUCAUCAUCGGUGAGUGGUGGCAGCUCGACCUCGUCGAGCUCGACAAGAGGAUGCACGACGGUAACUUUGCCGACAACCCGUUGUCGGCGACCAUCAACGGUAAGCUCGGCGACCUCAAGAACUGCUCCGGCAAGCCGGAGGAGAGCUUCGUCCUUGACGUGGUGCGCGGGGAGACAUACCUGCUGCGGAUCGUGAACACGGCCCUCUUUUCGGAGUACUACUUCAAGGUCGCUGGGCACACGUUCACGGUGGUGGGCGCCGACGGGUACUACCUGACACCGUACAAGACGGACAUGGUGACCGUCGCGCCAGGGGAGGCCAUCGACGUGCUCAUGGCCGCCGACGCCCCGCCCGCACACUACCAUAUGGUUGCGCUCGCGAACCAGCCGCCGGAGCCUGACCCGCAGAUCCCAGGGUUCGAUUCCCGCGGCCUUGUCCGCUACGCCGGAUCCUCCCACAACAACAAUGGGUUGCCGGUGUCGACGCCGCUCAUGCCCAGCCAGCAUAACACCAUGCCGUCCUACUACUUUCACAACAACCUCACUGGCCUCGCCCACCCAGACCGCCACCGCGUUCCCAUGGACGUCGAGGAGCGCCUCUACUUCACGCUUGGCCUUGGCUCCAUCUGCCGCAACGGCACGAAGACGUGCCAGCGCCGACGGAGUCGCGAGACCAUUGUUGUGGCCACCAUGAACAAUGUGUCCUUCCGCCACCCGACCAACACGUCCCUCCUCGAGAGGUACUACGACGGCCGGACAAGUGGCCUGUACACGGAGGACCUUCCCGACCAUCCACCGCACCCGUACAACUAUACCGACCGCGCCCUGAUCCCGCCGGGCCCACUGGAGGAGGCGCUGGAGCCGACGUUCAAGGCGACCAAGCUACGGAGAUUCCGGUACAACACCUCAGUGGAGAUCAUCUUCCAGAGCACGGCACUGCUGCAGAGCGACUCAAACCCCAUGCACCUCCAUGGGUACGACUUCUUCGUCCUCGCCAUGGGGAUCGGCAACUACAACCCCAAAACAGACCCCGAGAAGUUCAACUAUCACAACCCACAGCUGAGGAACACGGUGCAGGUGCCCAGGACCGGCUGGGCUGCUGUGCGCUUCGUCACCGACAACCCCGGAAUGUGGUACCUCCACUGCCAUUUCGAGUUCCACAUCAUCAUGGGCAUGGCGACGGCGUUCAUCGUGGAGAACGGGCCGACCCCGGAGACCAGCCUGCCCCCGCCGCCACCAGAAUUCAAGAGGUGUGGCUCCAAUGGCUUAACUCAGCCAUAGAGCUAAUUAAUCUGGAUAAGGACUAAGGACGUACUUAUGAAAGUUGGGUCAUGAAUUUUUAUGUUAGGGUCUGUCUACGUAUCAGUCGACUGAGACUUCGCGAAGUCUCAGCCGGCUGAUGUCACCCAUGCAGAUUAGGCCUGUUGACCAGCUCUCCCUCUCCUGGACUGUAUCCGACCUGGCUUCUGGGCUUUUUUCUUUAUUUUCCUGUUUGUUUGUUUGUUUUGGCUGGGCUUUCUUAAUUUGUUUGUUCUGAUUGGGUCGGGCUGGCCUAUGAAAAUAUUUUUUACCAACACAUGUGAAAAAAGCUAUUGGACAAACAAAAAGGAACAAAAUAAAGCCCAGCAGAUAGAGACAAGAAACUAUAUGCUAAAUUGAACGGUGCUGUCCAUGGUUCAUGGAGUUGAUCACAGGAACUUAUGGAUGUUUUUUCAGCAAGUCAACUAGCAACUUACAUAGACACCAAGUAGCUAGUUAACAAAAUUCAUGCAUUAGCUAUUUUAAAACUACAGCAAAAAGCAUGGAGACAAGGCAACACAACAAGUUAAAGAUCAUGUUUUUCCUAGUUAACGUCCUGUAUCAACUACUAAAACUCUAGAAAAAAUAUGAAUAUAUUUAGAGGUUACAAACCAGUGUAGGCAAGCCCUCCGACACUUCCGUGUACUCUACAUGAUAUCCUCCCUCUUCUGACUCUAUAUCUUCAACACACUGCUCUUUGCCUUUUGCAUUUCUUUUGCUCAGGGUCGCAUCCUUCGUCAUCCAUGUGAGUGUCUGUGCA